GCAAAAUUGUAGUAAUGGCUUCUAAUCCUGUAGGAAUGAAGCGGAUAGCCAUGGUGAGUACAUCUUUUGUAGGCAUUUCGGCUCUUCCUCUCUCGCAGCUGAAGCCAACAGCUAUUCAAGUUCCGUUUAAAGAAAGAGUUCUUUCUCUUAGAUUUUCAACAACUGGAAAUCCUGCGUAUUCCACAAAAGAAUUUCAUGGGUUGAUAUCGAAGAAAAUGACAUCUAUAAUCCCCAGAAGUAGCAAUUCCUCAAGCUCUGAUGGUGCCACUGAUGAGGCAUCCGAUAAAAAGAAGGUGCCAUUUGGGUAUAAUCGGAAAGAUGUUUUAUUUAUUGGACUAGGAGUUACAUUUUUUGGCAUUGGUCUAAAAAGCGGAUUAGAGUUCUUCGGAGUCGAUCCUUUACAGGCUGGGAAUGUUGUCCAGUUGGUAUUGGUGUUAGGUCUUACCGUUGGAUGGAUUUCAACAUACAUUUUUCGAGUUUCAAACAAGGAAAUGACAUAUGCCCAACAGUUACGCGACUACGAAAUGAAAGUUAUGGAGAAACGGCUAGAGGGUCUAAGUGAAGCGGAAUUAGAAGCGUUGCUUGAACAAGUCGAGGAAGAAAAACAACGUGUGGCAAGUAAGAGGGAGUAACUAAAACCUCAUGUAGCAUAUCGUUGUCGACACUACAAUAGUUAAUGUAAAUGAUCGGUGACUAAUGUACGAAUUUUCAGCAACAAUCAUUUACAUGUACAUGUACAUGGUAUAUAGUAUAUUGUGCGAGUAUCUUGAUACAGGAAAUGUUGUAUUUUAGCUUUUAAUAUUGGGUUUCUUAUA